CAGUAAUAAAACUUAUGGGUUUAUAAUUUUCUGGUAAACCGCUUCGACUAUUACUAUCCUGCUAGGUCCUUCUCGACGCAACUCGUUCCCGCGACCACUCCCGCUACCUGCUGGCCAAAGAGGAGCGGGCUGCCAACGCGGCAGCCGCAAAAAGAGAAGCGGAGGCGGCAGAAGGACGGCGAUUGGUGGGCGAACGAAAGGCCGAACUUGAAAGGCUGGAACGGCGCAUAUUCCAGGGGGGCAGACUGCCGCAAAGACCGGAGCCAGAAGGGGCAGAGGAAGGGGAACCGCCUCCGGUAUUGACACCGCCGCAACAGCAUCCCGUCGAAGAGGCGGCCGAACAGUUUGAAGUCCUUAAGAGGGCUACUGGUGGCACAACAACAGAAGAAGUUUUGGAAAAAUUUAAAUCUCAAAAGGACACCAAACAGAGGAUGAUGGUACUUCGUAAAAAAUCUGAAGACGAAAAACAAAAGCUUACAAAGAAGCUGGAGUAUUUGAGAAAUAAAUAUGAUUCAUACAAAUACGCAGAAGUAAAGGAAGCCGAAAAGAAAACUGGAGAAAUGGAAAAAAUCCAGCAACAAAUCAAAACAAUCAACGAGGAGGCACAAAAGUACCGAGACGAACAAGCUACACAAGAGGAAGCACUGAAGUCUUUAGCAGAAGGUUUGAUGGGCCUAUACCUCUGCUUGAAUCCCUUGGGCAUGCCAGACACAAGAGCGAUAGUCACUCUACAAAAAGUGAAAGAUGAGCUAAAAGUUGUUAUGAGGAAACUAGAACCUGACCGAUCUCACUUGGAAAUCAAACCAGAGGAUUUGGUACGUUCUAGAAUACGAUAAUCAACGUUUCUACAUGAUGGCCAAUAUACAGGGUGUCCCAACAAAAAUGCAAAUUAGUUUUGUGACCAAACUGGAAAAGAUAUCAAUCAUCUGUUUUCGUCGUAACCUUGAUAUGUUACGAAUAAUAAUGGAUAUUUUAAAAUUAUUUUAAUAUAUACAAGGUGUUUCAUAACUUCGUGUUAUAGCAAACAUGUAAUUUUAUAAUAUUAAUAUUAUAUUUUAUUGCACAUUUAGAUAGAGCUUCUAUACAGGGUGGCGCAUCGAAAACGAAACAGACGCUUUUACUGGCAGCUCACUUUUUGUUUUUUUUUUUUUUUGAAAAACGCUCAGACCCGUCAAUUUUGUUUUCGAGGGGGACACAAGUUUGGCAUCAAAAAACAC